AUGGCGGUGGACAGUGAGUAUCUGAUGCAGUUUGUGGACGAAACGUCGUUUUACAAUCGCAUUGUUCUGAGUCACCUUUUGCCGUCGAAUCUGUUGGAUCUAUUACCGCAUUUUCUCCAGACAUGGCUCCGGAACUACCUAGCCGGAACCUUGUUAUACUUCAUCUCCGGUUUUCUCUGGUGCUUCUACAUCUAUUACCUCAAACUUAACGUUUAUAUCCCCAGAGAUGCAAUUCCUACAAGAAAGGCUAUGCUUUUGCAAAUAUAUGUAGCAAUGAAGGCAAUGCCUUGCUACACUCUUCUUCCAACUGUCUCCGAGUAUAUGAUUGAAAGUGGUUGGACCAAAUGCUACUCAAGAAUAGGCGAAGUCAGCUGGUUCCUCUACUUUGUUUCCAUCGCUGUCUACCUUAUUCUAGUCGAGUUUGGUAUUUAUUGGAUGCACAGAGAGCUUCAUGACAUUAAGCCUCUUUAUAAGUAUCUCCAUGCCACCCAUCAUAUCUACAACAAGCAGAACACACUUUCUCCCUUUGCCGGGCUUGCGUUUCAUCCACUAGACGGGAUACUUCAGGCAGUACCGCAUGUGAUAGCUCUGUUCAUAGUGCCGAUUCAUUUCACAACCCAUAUAGGUCUCUUGUUUAUGGAAGCGAUAUGGACAGCGAACAUCCAUGACUGCAUCCACGGUAACAUCUGGCCUGUGAUGGGUGCAGGGUACCAUACGAUACACCACACUACAUACAAGCAUAACUAUGGUCAUUACACCAUAUGGAUGGAUUGGAUGUUUGGCUCUCUUAGAGACCCUCUCUUACAAGAAGAUGACAACAAAGCAGAGUGAGAAUGAAUGCCAUUUGUUUUGUCGUUUUGUGUGUUUGUUUUUUCUUGUUCAAAGUUUCAACCUUUUACUUAUUAGUCUUCCUCAUGUGAGUGUCUCUGACAACGUUUUUCCAGUUAUGUUGUUUAGACAUUGACUGCACACUUGCUGUCUAGCUUACACAUAAGAAAGAUAUUUUU